CGCAACCUUGACAUCCACAGCUCGCAAGUAUCUGUUCGACAUUUUGAAGUUCCGCUCGCAAACUUCAGGACAGGACGGGACGUUUAUCAAAGAAGUUUCAUCCCAUAUCUUGCGACUCUUGGAGCUUCAUCCAACGCCACCAGUGCCGACGGUCUCGCUCCAUCGCCCUGGCGAAGCCACCCAGAGUCUGGAAGUUUGUCACUCUGGACGAACCUCUCCGGCGAAUACUCCGUUUCUCCAUCUGUUCGUUUGACCAGUCGGGGUUGCCGGCUGUGCAUGUUUUGAUAUAUCUCCGCAAAAGCCCACAACAGAGCUGAGUACCAAAAGACUCAAAAUCACUAGCUCUGAUACACAUCUUUGUGAACGACUCUCGAGAUCACCUUCAAGCCCGUGCGAUGCAGUCCAAUGUCUACCGACGAACUUCAUCCAUGGCUUUAUCCAGUGAGAGGACUGGAAAUCUUGAAUAUUUACCCACAAUUGCUCACAGCACUGGGAUCUGGAAGUAUCUUCUUCGUGUCGCACUCUCUGACUCGCUGGACCACUUUGCAUGAACUCCUUGCUCCACUGCCCCUGUCCCGUGGUUUCAGGGGGUUAAGCGAGAGCCUGCGACGACACCGAAACUCCAAGUGUGCCUCAUCGCAACCUUCUGACUCGCCUUGCCUCAAGUUUUGAAAGUCCCAAGCACAGCUACGAGCUGGCUUCACGCCACGCCUACGGACGAAGACCUUAGUUGGGUUCACUAUUGUCCAGAUGCCAGGCCAGAAGCCAUGCCUCCCGCUGCCUCUGCCAGCUACCGAUGCACAUGGGGUGGACCAUAGAUCCAGUUAGAUUGGGCGCUCCUGCAACGAGCCUCUCGUUCGACGGCGAUCCUGGCUGGCAAGUAGAAACGUAUAGCCAGUCAGGUUAUCGUCUCUCGAUCCACUGACGGCAUUUCCCCAAGCAAGACAAGCUGCGGAGCCACUCCCCCACCAUAAGGUCGGUCCUAGCAACCCGGCCUGGCCUUCUCCCGCGCCUGGACCACUAGACGUGCGUCUACCCUUUCUGCUUGGGCACUUCUUUUAUACUUCAUGCAAUCCUGGAGCAGGCAAACCUCUGUCUCAACGUUCUCUUUCUGAGUGUGUUGCUGUCAGUUUUUCCUGUCGUCUUUCCAUUCGUUGGUGCUUCUGGUCAUCACACUGCUGGCUCGGAAACCCGUUUCAUCUUACUUUUUCCACCGUUCUGGCCUAUCGGUGUGCUCCAGUCUUUACCUUCUUCCAUAAUCUAUUCUUUCUCUUCUCUAACAUCUCCAUACUCCACUCUCUCACCACCACCCACACGACGCAGGCGAUCUUCAUGACUUAAACAACAUUUUCGAACGGCAACGCUCCGGCUCGCUGCCAACGAUAAUAACGAUUAUUGAUGGAAUUUGGGGAGCAAGAAGGAAUAAUGGCUGCUUCGGCGAAGUUGAUUGCGGAUAGGAUGGUACAUGGGAUGGUGAGGGCCGCGGUGAACCACACGUCGACGAGAGGGAAUCGGACGGGCAACCCAUUCUACCAAUCGGCGACCAACAGGACGGGAUCAGGAGGGAACUCUACUUUCAACUUGAUAUCGAAUCUGGUAUUUGCUGAGAGCAAGUCGGUCAGGACGUCGACGAUUAUUCUGGCCACUUUCAAUGUAUUGGCUGCGUUUGCGACCGCCUGCAGUAUCCUGUACGACUGUUACUGGGCAUCGAAGAGAUGUAACCCAAAGUUCAAGGCAUCGAAAUUUUGUGUGUCGUCGAUACAUCCUGCCGAAACCUUCCCUCUAGUGUUGGCGAUAGGAAUUGUUAUUCAAGGUCUUGUCUUUGCAGGUGUACAAGGACAAGGUCUCACAUCACUGUUUGCAACAGGAUGUGGGUUAAUAGCACAGUUCAUGUGGCCAGCACUGUUCAUCGUGCCAUACAUUCAAUUAGUAUUCGGUACCGAAUGCGCCAUCCGAUCUUUUCGAAGUACACCAUUUCAAGCGAGGGGGAAAUGGGAUGUAAUUAUUUGCUGUUCAGUGGUGGUGGUUAUGUUGAUUCUCACUUGGAUACCGUCAUUCAUUCGACCCGAGCCCAACGCCUGCUUCGCUUCAUUGAUAUGGUUCAUCCAGAAGUUUGGAAAGAUAGGAUUUGUGAUGUUGACUACAGUGGGAGCAUUGAUGAUUGCAGCUGCUCUGACAAUCUUCAUCCGACUGUCAACAGUGAACUUGAUUGAUCAGCACCAGCGAAUUGCUGCUUCGCGGAUGGUAUACUACCUAGUCCUCGGUAUACUAUCUCUGGCAUUCGUUAUUCCUUUCUUUUUCUCUUUGAUCGAUAAGGAGGGUGAUAUCAAGCUUGCCAUGAUGGCAACUGUAGUUUUGAACUUAUCAGGACUGAUGAGCGGUUUACUGCAACUGUUCUUAAGAUGCAAUACCGCAACAACUUCAUUCGCCCCAAAGACGGCUGGAAAGAAGUGGGCGCAGCCGCGACAUGAGAUCAGAAUGUUUGGGCCAAAUGAGCUGGCAAUGUACGCACAUAUGACCAACCCAGUAACUGGGCCACGGACGACCAACGACAAUCAGUUGUGCCGUUCUGAUAGUCAAGCAAGUCUCAUAGGACUUGAAAAGGGACGAGGGAUCUCAAUGGAAUCUCUGAGAAGCCCACCAUAUGGCUCGGCGAAAAGACAGGAAGCAGAGAUGAGCAGCACCUUGCCGAAUUUGCCAGAGGUUGCGACAGUCUGCCCAGCUGUUCAAGCAAGAACGCACGCACGAAAACCCUCAUACUCGCUUUUCCCGACCGAGGGUGGCAGUCCAACCAAAGCGGGACAACAGAAAGACUCAGUAUACGACAUUAGUGAACUAACGCCGCCACCAGCAAUACGAUUUCCAGGUGGAUCAAGGCAUCGCAGAGACUCCUCCAUCGCUUCGUCAGCGACAGUACAAAUUGGGCUGCGCAUAUCGCAUGCACCAACACCUUCUCAAGAAGAUCUUGACUCCCUCCCAUUACCUUCUACGACAUACAAGGCAAUGUCGCUCAAACCACCAGCGCCGAAAUCUCCAACUGCCACCUAUAGCACCCUACCGCUACCAUCCACUACAUACUCCGCCUCCAACUCAAGUCUUCCAACCUCGCCAUCGGCAUCGAAGCGUACAUACCCAACCGUACCUCUCCAAGUACAAACCUCAUUCCAAACAUCCGCGGGCAAGAAGCCAAUGCCCUCACCACUCAAUACUCAAAUCACCAGCUCGCCACAACAAAGCCCCGCUUCAAUCAACAAGACGCUACCCCCAACACCCAAGGCCUUCCUCCCGCAAAUAGAAAAGGUCCGCGAGUCACAAGUUCAACUCAGCCCCACUGUUUAUUCGUUAAGCCCGACAGUCUACUCGCCCGAGAGUAAGACCACGCCAGCUGUCGCAAAGCCAAACAACAACCCACUUCGGGCAAACCCACCUGGGUCUCCCAUGGCGGGUCCAGUAAGACAGGCUUCGAAUACACAGAAGCGCACGAAGGCCGACUGGAUAUGA